UGUAAGCGAUGUUUAUUGAUGUCCCGUGAUUACAACUUUGAGGCGGAUCACACAACCGUUAGUCACCGAACAAUAUGGAUCUUGCUAUUCUAACUCUGUUCGUAAUAGUCACGGCAGUUCAAGCGAGCGUCGUCGAGUUUGAGAUCAAGUCAAACAGUAGAGCCUCAUUCAACAGAAAACCAGCAUGUCUGGACAAAUCUUUCAGAAAGGGAAUUCAGCCUGUUGUAAGUACAUACCCGCGACCACAUGAGUACAUCGUCAUGAGCACCCUGCCUAAGAAUUGGGACUGGCGAAAUGUAAAUGGAAUUAAUUUCUGUAGCACAACUCGUAAUCAACAUAUACCUCAAUAUUGUGGUUCCUGUUGGGCUAUGGGAUCAACAAGUGCUAUGGCAGAUCGUAUUAACAUCAAAAGGAAAGGAGCCUGGCCAUCAGCCUAUCUAUCUGUACAACAUGUCCUUGACUGUGCUGAAGCAGGCACAUGCCAUGGGGGCGAUGACCUCCCUGUGUAUGCCUACGCCCACACUCAUGGCAUCCCAGAUGAGACCUGCAACAACUACCAGGCUAAGGAUCAAGAAUGUGAUCCGUUCAACGAAUGUGGAACAUGUUCGACCUUUAAUCAGUGUUACAAGAUACAGAACUCUACAAAGUGGAAAGUGGGGGACUAUGGCAGUGUGUCAGGCAGAGACAAAAUGAUGGCAGAAAUCUACAAGAAUGGACCCAUAAGCUGUGGCAUAAUGGCUACUGAUGGCUUAGAAAAAUACACUGGAGGUAUUUAUAAGGAGAAAGCAGAGUCUCCUAUGGUGAACCACAUUAUAUCCGUGGCUGGAUGGGGAGUGGACGAAACCAAUACAGAGUUCUGGGUUGUGAGGAAUUCCUGGGGUGCUCCUUGGGGCGAGCAUGGGUGGUUCCGUAUUGUCACCAGUAAUUAUAUGAACGGCAAAGGAGAUGAGUACAACCUGGAUAUAGAGUCGGAAUGUGCCUUUGCUGAUGUCAUUGUCCCCGACAACUACUAGAAAGGAUAUUGGCAGUAAAAUGUCGGACACAGGUACCUUUGGAGAUUACAAAACAUUGUUCCUUUAAUAUAUUUUGGUGGUUUUUUUUACCAUGCAUGAGUUUUUACAUUUGAUAAAAAUGGUAAUAAUUUACAUUUAAGGAAAAGACCUUAAGUGUCUUUAAUUUCAAUGUUUAAAUACUUGUGGUUUAAUUUAUAUCAUUAUAAAUUACUACUUAUUCAUAUACUGUAGUAAUAACUUUAUUUUAUAGAAAAUUGUUUAGGGGUCUGACUGUUAUUAAGAGAUCUGUGAUGUGGUUAUUUGUGUGCAUUCCAGUUAAUAUUGAGG